AGGCGAGACCUCCUCGGAAGAGCAGCCAGGGGGGAAGAUCUGGCGGUCGUGGCGGCGGCCGUGGUGGCGCAAGAAAAGGUAAGCAGGUAGUGAGGGCAGAAGAACUGCGGGACUCAGGGGAUGAGGGCGAGGGAGUGGGCCCUCGCAUGCCUGACGAUGGUGAUGAACCGCUUCAGCACGCUGCGCCCAUCGACACGACACGUUGUUUCUUCCUCGAGUACGACGAGCGGGGUUUUGCUAAGCAAAAAAUCCUUCCUGUUCUUGUGGACGUCAUGAAAAUCAAACGCAUUCCCCGCGGGAAUAUUUUUUUCAACCACCGCUCUUUGUCUGCGAACAUUGUGCGAGGCAUCGUGAAUGCCAUCGAGAGUUCCAUCACCACGGAACCGAGGCCGUGGGAUAGGCCUGACCUCGUGCUUGCGCCGGUUGACCGCAACGACAUCGUUGGCGGGCAGGGUAGGCGAAUAACACCGACCGAAUUCUUCGAAAAAGACUCCUCGGAGUUCGAUUGGUAUGCUGUCUGUGGUCAGCAUACGGUCGAGGCCAUGAAGACAUUGGUAAAAAAGGGCUCUCCGGCAGUCGACAUCUAUGUUCUUCGCGCGUACUCUAAGGUGCGGGUUGUCUAUUUUGGAGAUGAGCAGACGCGAGGGUAUUUCAAUGUCUUCGCCUUCAACAACACGCGCGAAAAUCGGGGCAUGAUGUUGUCCUUCGAGGAUGCUGUCCGUGAUAUGAGGCAAUGGUGGAUCGAUAACCAUCGAAUCGAGGCCCCGAAAAGCAAGGUCAGCGAUAAGGAUGCGGUCGCCGUUGCGCACCAAAAGAAGUGGCAGAAUUUCUUAAGGGUCUUCAUGGGGAAGGCAUGCGACAACGCGUUCGUGAAGCAAGCGCUCGAGAAUGAGUACAGUAAGGAUUGGAGCAAUAAACUCUGUGGCUACAUGAACCUCGCCACAUCCACCGAGGCUGUGUGGCCACUGAUUGAGAAGUUCUUCGAGAUGUUCAACGAGGGGAAGCUGCCAGUUGGCGAUGGUAAAAUACCACUUGACAUGCCCAGUAGGAUGGAGGGGCGCCAGCCAGGCCCGUACACCGACGAGACGAAAGGGCAAAGAACAUUAUACCAUUGCAUAUACGCGAGAGAUGGUCCCAAAGGCUCCACCGUGUGGUGGAAGGAUCUCUGUCCUUCCUACUUCAAAAAUUUUGGGGAUUUGACGUGCCGCGAGAGGGAAGUUGCACUGCUGCUCCUCAUGAAAGGGAAGGUGGUCGCGACGAACUUCAAGUUCAUGCCUCCGAGAGUGAAUACGGAGUGCCUCCUCGACAUCAUGCGCAAGGAACGGUACAUGGUCCGUAUGUUCAACUACGUUGUUUUUCGCGCCGAGGGAAGGGCGGACGAUGAGUGGAAUGAUGCCUUCUUCAUGUCAUACAAGGACCUCGAAGACAGGGACAUGUUCCACAAGUUGGGGCCUAAGAGACUUAAGGUGUGGGAGUACCUGUUCCGCGAUAUGCCACAAGGACGACUUGACGGGAAAUAUAUAUACAGGAAAGCAAAGGCAACAGAGACCCUCAAACAUUAUCAUGGUGCUCUCACUGACACCUUUGAGACUUUUGUUGCUCGAUGCGAGAUCCUCAAGUUCGAUCUUUGCAAAGACCAAUUGACGUCCAAGGACUACGAGGAACUCGCGAAAUCGGGCGAUGGCUUUAACCCCGUCGACAGCGAGGAAGAUUCUUCGGACUCCGACUUCGAACUGGGCGAGGAUACAUGUGUUGAGGUUCCGCGCGGAGGAAUGGUGCAAGCUCAUGAUGACGGAACUGUCCAUUCGCACGAAGGGUCCAUCCCGGUGGCCGCCCCAAGCGUCGCCUCAAUGGUGGCCCCAUCGGAGACUACUGCAUUGCAAGACAAUGGAAAAUGCGGUGGCAAUGAAGAAGACGACAUUGAGAUACCAGGCGAGGCGUCGACGCUCCCACCAGGCGAUGCAAUUCCUCCAGGCUACUGUGCUGACCCGAACACGAUUUAUUUCUUGGAGGGCAAACACACCCACACAGGCGAGGACCAAUGGGGCCAUGACAUCAUAUGGCAUGAGGGCGUUUUACAGCCGAACAUCCAAGAUGGGGAGUGGAAGAUGGCAGUGAAAUACACAAGCGGUUGGAAGACUUUUCGUCGGAUGUCAAAGGACAUCUGGUUGAAAACGACGGAGCUCGCGAUCCUGCAUCGCGUGCUCGUCGAGAAUCCAGGGCAGAGCGAGGCCGCCAUCAAAGCCAAGGCCGAAGAAUUGUUUCAUGUCUUGCGCGACAAUAGGCAACUGGAGUACAGCAACAAAUUUUAUGCCCUGCGCUCGAGCCCCUCGUGCGGGUCAAUCAACUGGAAGGUUGAUCAAACCGCCAGAACCUUGGAGGGGAGCUGCUCUCAUGAUUUCAUGCCUUCGGCUGAGCCGGCCUCCGUGGCCGCGCAAGCAGGGCAUAGGGGAGAUGACGGGAUUACUGUUGUUGGGCCUCAAGAGGUUGACAUGACGUCAAUGCCGCAAAUAUCGAAAAAAUCCAUCUCGGUCGCCUCGGCACAAUCGUCCCCGGCCAUCGAGGUGUCAACGACGUUGCCGCCGGAUGCAGGUGCCACGUACGGGAGUUUAUUGAUAACAAAUGCUGCAAUGCAAGGCAAAUCCGAGAUCGAGUCAGAAUCUGAUGUUGGGCCGAGCGUGGCAGAGAGUCAGUUGUAACCGUCUUUAUGCACUGGCAAAG